GGUAGAGGAGUGAGCCCGUGCAGAGCCGAGCCGGGCCAUGGCGCUGUGGGGGCUGGCGCUGCUGGGGCUGUGCUGGGGGGUAACUGCAGACAGGCACACGGUCUUCUGGAACAGCUCCAACCCCAGGUUCUUGUGGGACGACUACGUGGUGGAGGUGCGGCUCAAUGACUACCUGGAUGUCAUCUGCCCGCACUACGAGGAGGGCAGCUCAGGCGCCCACGCCAUGGAGCGCUACACACUGUACCUGGUGGAGCAUGAGGAGUUUGUUACCUGCAAGCCGCACUCCAAGGACCAGGUGCGCUGGGAGUGCAACAAGCCGAUGGCGCCACACGGCCCUGAGCGCUUCUCGGAGAAGUUCCAGCGCUUCACACCCUUCACGCUGGGCAAGGAGUUCAAGGAGGGGCACAGCUACUACUACAUCUCAAAGCCCAUACACCACCAUGGGGACACCUGCCUGAAGCUGAAGGUGACUGUGGUCGGCAAAGCCACUCAAACGCUGCCUACCCCCAUCCCCACGCAGCGGAGCAGGAUCCUGGCAGAUGAUCCAGCACAGCAUGUCCUGCUGAGUGUGGGCCACAACACAGCGAUGCGCAGGAGCAGCCCCGUUGCCCUCCUCAGCCUCCUCCUUCCCCUUCUGGUGCUGCCUGGCCUGUGAGGCCCAGCCCGGCCCGGCCACAUGGACUGAGUGGCAGGACGGCGGAGGACAGAGUCCGCGGGACAGAGGAGCAGGCCCCACAUAGUGGCUGGCCUCCUGCGUCUGUGAAGCACGUGUGCAUGCCUCAUGCACACCCGUGCCUAGCCAGUGAUCCCCGCACAAGGUGGCAGCUGAGAACUUGUCAGUAUUAGGGGUCCGGGGACCCAAAGCUGAGCUGGAAGCUUGUGCCUCAGCCCUGCAGGGAGCAGUGGGACCCUGGGCAGGGAUAUACUUACUCCCCUGCCAAAGAACAGAGACGGCAAACACUUCCUCCCCACACUGUAUAGUGCCUGUGGGCUGGCCUGGAGGAGCCACCUCUGAGUGUACAGCAUGGAUAUGUCCUGCAGGCAGGGCAUGCACAGCGGGGCAUGUCCUGGGGACCGGCCCUCGUGCUGGGGCUCAGCCAUAGCCCGUGGACUUGUGGCCAUGCUGGUGGCAGCCUGGCCUACUGGAGCAGGACCUCUGGAAGCAGUGGCCUGGGACUGGAGCGGGUCCUGGGAGAGAACCUGGAGCCACAGGAGGGUGACAGUGCUGGGACAGUGCCCCCAGCCCUGGAGUACCAGCAUCUGCCAGCCCUGCAGGCACCGAGGACAUGCAGCAUUGGGGGCUGCUAAGAGCAUUGCCCCAACCCCCUUGUCCCACAGCAGACUGAGCCUGGAGCCCAGGACUGUGACCCUCCCUCCUCAGCCCCUUCUCCUUCUCCUUCAUCUGUGCAGCUUCCUUCCUCCUCCGGGAGUUUUUAUACGUUUUGUUUGGAAUAAAUAACAGAAAAGA